UCGCAAUAUUUGUAUAUCGCAUUCACCCAUAUCAUCACUAGCUGGCGCACGUUGUUUUCUUGUUUGUUUUUAUUUUGGAAAAAUGCAGCGGAAGGAGGUGAAUCCCUUCCAGAGCCUGGGCUUGAGACCUUGGCUGGCAAAGCAGCUAACAAAACUAGGACUAAAAGGUGCAACUCCCAUUCAGCAGAACUGUAUUCCUGCAAUUUUGUCCGGGCGUGACUGCAUCGGAGCCGCUAAGACUGGUUCGGGAAAGACCUUUGCCUUCGCUUUACCCAUUCUGGAGAAGCUGAGUGAAGAGCCAGUCAGUCAUUUCGCUUUGGUUUUAACACCCACGCACGAGCUGGCGUACCAGAUAUCGGAACAGUUUCUGGUCGCUGGCCAGGCUAUGGGCGUUCGUGUUUGCGUCGUAUCCGGCGGAACAGACCAAAUGAUAGAGAGCCAGAAACUUAUGCAGCGACCGCACAUCGUGGUGGCAAUGCCCGGUCGCCUUGCUGAUCAUCUCACCGGUUGCGACACAUUCUCCUUCGAUAACCUGAAAUACCUGGUGGUGGAUGAGGCGGAUCGCAUGCUAAACGGAGACUUCGAUGAGAGCCUGGCCAUAAUCGAACGCUGCCUGCCCAAGACCAGGCAGAACCUCUUCUUCUCAGCCACCAUGAAAGACUUCAUGAAGGAGUCCAGCAUCUUUCCCAUUUCCAAAGAUUGCCUGGAGUGGUCGCAGGACUCUGAUGUGGCCACCGUAGAGACCCUUGACCAACGCUAUCUUCUGUGCGCAGAUUAUGAUCGCGACAUGGUUUUAAUCGAGGCUUUGAGAAAAUACCGCGAGGAGAACGAGAACGCGAAUGUUAUGAUCUUUACCAACACAAAAAAAUACUGCCAACUGCUCUCAAUGACUCUGAAAAACAUGGACAUAGAUAAUGUGUGUUUGCACGGCUUCAUGCGGCAAAAGGAGCGGGUGGCCGCCCUCAGUCGGUUUAAGUCUAACCACAUACGCACCUUAAUUGCCACAGAUGUGGCAGCCAGAGGCCUUGAUAUUCCAAGUGUCCAGUUGGUGAUAAAUCACAUGCUUCCCCGUACCCCCAAGGAGUACAUUCACCGCGUGGGUCGAACUGCGAGGGCAGGACGGAAAGGCAUGUCCAUCUCCAUUUUUCGCUUUCCGCGUGAUCUGGAGCUGUUGGGAGCCAUUGAGGAAGAAAUCAACACAAAAAUGACCGAGCACCCAAUCGACCAGAGAAUGGUUGAAAGAAUAUUCAUGCAAGUGAAUGUAACGCGGCGCGAGUCAGAGAUGCAAUUGGAUAACAACGAUUUUGACGAGCGCGCACAGAACUACAGGAGGAAAACAUGGAUAAUGGAAGGAAAGGAUCCAGAUGAAAUGGAAGCACUCUAUCGGAAGAAGCAAAAGGAUAAGCUGAAAGAAAUUCGUCGCAAACGAAAGCAGCAACAAGCCGACUCCGCCAACAAUGAAGAGAGCAAGGUUCUUCUCCAAGACGAUCGCUUCAAGGCAGUGGACAGUGCGAGGUUUGAGAAGAAACACAAAGGACGAAGCCAAAAUCCCACCAAGAAAGAGUCGGAAUUAAAGCCACAGAAAAGACCUUUCAAAUCAAAGGUUAAAGCAGAAAACUCAAACAAAAAAGUUAAAAAGUCCAAAGCGUGAU